UGCGAUGUGGGCGUGAAGCAGACCGAGAGAUGGGGAGAAAGUGAAAAAAAAAGAGCGAUCACCGCCCUCGCUUUACAAGGGGUGCACCAUUUCACUCCUCUUCGCCACACCGUGAGUGUAACAGGCAACGGGAGAAAAAGCAAGAGUCUGUGAAUGCUGCUGGAAGUUGAUGGCUAUGUGUGAUGCCCAGACCUCAACAUCGUUUUUCUUUCCAAGUUUUUAAGAUCUGCAUACGCCAAUGGUUUUACCACACGUAGAAUGGGAUUAACUUGGUCCGGCAAAUAUAUCUCACUGUUUCUUGCUGUUCAGUUAGCUUAUCUGCUACAGGCGGUGAGAGCGACAGGGAAAUGUGAUACAGUAUUCAAAGGGUUCUCCAACUGCUUGCUGAAACUCGGGGAGAAUAUGGCCAACUAUCCACAGGAGCUGGACGAGAAGGAAAAUCUGCAGACCAUCUGCAUAUAUUGGGAUGACUUCCACUCAUGUGCGACCACUGCGCUGGCGGAUUGCCAAGAGGGAGCAACAGACCUAUGGGAGAAGCUCAAAAAGGAGUCCAGAAACUUGGAGUUCCGAGGGAGCUUGUUUGAACUCUGUGGUGGGGGGAACGGGGCCUCCAAACCCACAGUUCCUUUUGGUCUCACGAUGCUUCUAACGGCACUUUCAGCCUUAGUAACUUGGCUUGCAUUUUAGCAGAAGAAAAAAAAGG